GGGCCGAGCGGGGCCGGAGUCCUGGAGUUGGCGCGCAGAGCUCAGAGAUGAGGAAACAGAGGCCAGAGAGGGGCGGUAUCCCGCUCAGGGCUCCCGCGUCGCUGGGGCGCUGCCCGAGCUGGGCUGCAGAUCCGAACACUGGGGUACUGCUGCCAGCUGGUUGGCGGGGUCCUGCUUGAACAAUGUCCUGCCAGGUCAGAAGUGGGGACGCGCCUGCUGGCAGUGUCGGCCCAGCUGAGCCACUGCAGGACUGUCCUGCGACUCUUUGAUGACCUGGCCAUGUUUCUGUACACAAAGCAGUAUGGCCUGGGGACAGAGGAGGAGGAUGCCUUUGUCCGCAGCUUGUCUGUGCUGGGCAACCUAGCCGAUCAGCUCUACUAUCCAUGCGAGCACAUCGCCUGGGCCGCCGACGCCAAGGUCCUGCACGUGGAUUCUGCCCGCUGGUGGACGCUGAGCACCGCGCUCUGGGGCCUGUCCUUGCUGCUGGGGGUGGCCAGGUCCCUGUGGAUGGUGCUGAAGCUGAGGCAGAGGCUGCAGAGCCCCACGGCUGCCUUUACCAGCCGACUGCCCCGGAGCAAGCGGAGGGCCACAGAGGUGCAGAUGCGGUCGGAGGUGCUGACGCUGCUCAGCAACCUGGCCGACCUGGCCAACGCAGUGCACUGGCUGCCACCAGGUGUCCUGUGGGCUGGCCGCUUCCCACCUUGGCUGGUGGGCCUCAUGGGCACCAUCUCCUCCCUGCUUAGUAUCUACCAGGCGGCCCAGGCUGGCAGCCCUACGGAGGCUGAAAGCCCCUGAUGGGGCUUGGGGAGCAGCACACGGCUGGACCCCGCAGAGGGUCCCUCCUCACGGAGCAGGAGUCAGUGCGACAGGGGCUGCAUCUUUAAUUGAGCAGCCCUGUGCUAGCUCAAGAAGACUGGUGGGAAGAGGAGCUGGCAUAAGCACCUGAGGGCCCAGCCUGCAUGGGAGCGCCCUGGGGCUCUGGAGCCAAGGCAGAGCUUGGGGGCCCACAUCCGCCUCCUGCUGGGCCUGGGGAGACCUGGGUGGAGAACCAAUUAAAUGUCCUGGUGCAGGCCA